UAAAAUUUCAAAACCGUAACGCUAUUUUUCAAAAAGCUCACCCAUUUCCCUGAACUAUAAACACUAUUCCCUGCUUUGACACAUGAGUCAAAUUUGGUGAACUGUUACUGCAAAACUCUACACACAAAUCCCUACAUUUUUCAGUGCUUACACCAUGUAGUCAUUUAGAAAGCACUAGCAUUCAAUAAUGUUAACUUAAGUCAGCAUAGCUUGAGCUCAAUUAGCACACAAUUAACCAGGUGGAAACACUAGGAGUCAAAAUUUAUCACACACCAAUCAGAACCUUCGAUGGAUAGAUAAAAGGGCCAAAGUCAGCUCAUUCAGGUUUGAAACAAUGGAUCCAAAGAGAUGCAAAGGAAGAGGACGUGGUGGAGAAAGAGGACGUGGUGAAGGAGGAGGACGUGGUGGAGGAAGAGGACGUGGUGAAAGAGGAGGAGGAGGUGGUCUAGGACAACAGGAAGGUGGUGGAGGAGGAGGGAGAGGUGGAGGAGGAGGAGGACGUGGUGAAGGAGGUGAAGGUGGAGAACGACGGCGACAAGGAAGGGGAAGAGCAAGGGCAAGAAGACAGUCAGUCUCGGAUGAAAUUCGAGCCACUUUAGUUGACCAUGUCCUUGUCCAUGGGAUGACUAUGAGGGAGGCUGGGCAACGAGUACAACCAAAUUUGAGUCGCUUCACUGUUGCCUCCAUCAUCAGAACCUUCAGGGAGGAAAACAGGACACAGAGACGACCACCUGGUGGAGGCAGGUUAAGGCUUUUGUCGGAGGAGCAAGAGAGGGAACUUGUAAACAUGGUAAUUGCAAAUAAUGUAAUCCGCCUGCAAGAGAUUCAAAGGAGAGUGAUUGAGGAUGAUCAUCUUUUUCGAGGCAUAAAUGCCAUCAGCCUCUCCACAAUUGACCGCAUCCUCCGAAAGAAUCAAUUCCGGAUGAAACAGGCAUACCGAGUCCCUUUCGAACGAAACUCUGACAGAGUGAAAAACCAACGUGUGGAAUAUGUUCAGAGAAUCUUUGAGAUUGAAGGACGGCCUGUUCCCCAUGAAAUAAUCUUUGUGGAUGAGGCAGGUUUUAACCUGACCAAAAGAAGGAAAAGGGGGAGGAACAUAAUUGGCCAUCGGGCUAUUGUAAAUGUCCCUGGUCAGCGUGGAGGGAAUGUCACUAUGUGCGCAGCCAUCAGCCAACGAGGGGUACUCCACCGCCAUGCCGUACUAGGACCCUAUAACACUAUGCUUCUCCUUGCUUUUCUUGAUGGUUUAAGACAACAUAUGUUCCAGCUGGACUACAGGGAACCAGCACAGCCAGAGCAGCCUCACUACGUUGUUGUGUGGGAUAACGUCAGCUUCCAUCGCGCUGCUCUGGUUCGUGACUGGUUUACCAAUAACCCAAGGUUUUCUAAUAUCUUUCUGCCUGCAUACUCUCCCUUUCUAAACCCGAUAGAGGAGUUAUUUUCGGCAUGGCGGUGGAAAGUGUAUGACCGAGAACCUUAUGUCCGUGUUCACCUCCUUCAGGCCAUGGAAGAAGCCUGCCUAGACAUAUCAGUAGAUGCAUGCCAGGGGUGGAUCAGGCAUGCAAGAGGAUUUUACCCCCGCUGCCUGGCUAGGGCCAAUAUAGCCUGUGAUGUGGAUGAGAUUCUCUGGCCUGACCCAGACCAAAGACAAGAUGCUGAGGUGGAAUAAUGUUUUUUGGUGUGUGUUGUACUGUAUAGUACAUGAAUAAAAAUGUGCCACUGUACAUACAUUGGUUGCGUCUUUUGUGUUCAUCAUGUGAAAAGGUUUUUGAAGGGGAGAACCAUAAGCAACCUAAUUGUUUUGGAACUAUUGUUUUGAAUUAAUUGUACCAGUGUGCAAAACUCUGUUGUAGUGUGUGUGUUUUUGAGGGCUUGUGUUUGAUGUCUGAGGGCAAAGUUUGGUUUUUCAGCAAGAGUGAAUAGUUUUGAGUGUAGAGCUUCAUUUUGACCUGAAAAUAGGAUGUUUGGGAAAUUGAGUGAGAUGUUAUGG